UUCUUUUACAAUGUGUGCUUAGUACUGACAUUUUGCUUUCAACACAUGCUGUUUAUCUUCUCUUUCAGAUUUUUGAGCAAACCCAUGGAAGCCGUUCUAAAACCUUCCACCUGCUCGUGGGGAAAGCCGGGAUUGGAAAAACUAUAUGCAUCAAGAAACUUUGCCGUGACUGGUCCAAGGACUGCCUCCCCCAGUUUGACUUUGUGUUCCUCUUGGACGGCAGAUUCCUCACCGUAACCGAACCGAAAUACAGCCUCGAAACACUCCUCCUCCAUCUUUCCUCUUUCACCCCUUCAUGCUCAAACUCCGAUGCUGUUUUCGCUCAAAUCCUUGCCUCCCCAAAACGCGUCCUUAUCAUGUUUGACGGUUUUGAAGAUCUGCGAGAAUUCGAGCUACUUGUUCAACCUUUAGAAAAAGAUGUUGCCAGUUGUUUACAAAAAGACAGAAACUCUAACUCUUUUACAAUCAGACAGCUAUACUCUGCUAUUCUGCAAAGAUUGGUACUUCCAGGUUGCUCCCUUCUCCUUUCAUCUAGACCAAGGGGCAGCGCGAGCCAGCUGCUACGAAAAGUGGACGACCUUUUGGAAAUUUCGGGAUUUUCACCCUCAGAUGUAGAGACCUAUAUCAUGAAAUACUUUCCCGAUCCGGAAGUCCAAAAGUCCACCAUGAAGAGCUUGCAAAACUGUGACUAUCUCAAUCUUCUAUGCUGGAAUCCUGGUAUAUGCCGACAAGCGUGCAUGCUAUUGGAACACCAACCGGAUUUGGAAGAUCUACCGAGAACUUUGACCGAGAUUUGCUAUCAGGUGCUACGUCUGAAAAUGAACAGUUUGAAUGAUGAUGAAACACUAUCAGCCAAGGAAUCCGUAGAGGAAGUUAAUGUAAGCAAUGCAAUUCGAACAAGGGGCAAAUCGCAAAAAAGGCAAAGAAGAACAGACAGGAAGAAGAGAUCGCAAAAGGAGAAUGGACUGAUAUCGGAGCUAAGUCACCUGGCCUGGGAAACUGUCAAAAAUAACACUUCAAUAAUCACAGGUGAAUUUUCCAUAUCGUGCAGAACUAGGGAGGCAGGACUCAAGACUGGGCUACUAAACGUUACUCACGCCGGGAGGAGAUCGAAUACUGAAAAAGAAGAGUGCAAAACAGAUGAUGAUAAAACCAGAGAGAUAGAGGGUGUGGAAAAUUUGGGCCAUGAAAUUUUGUCUUGGGCCAAUCCUUUUUUGCAGAGCUACCUGGCGGCGAUUAAUUUGUCAUUGUCAAGCUCUGCGUUUGUAAAAAUCCUCUCUUUCCAAACUGGCUCUAAAGGACGAAGGAGACAGCAGAGAGAAGAAUUCGAACUAACCCAACGCUUUGCCGUGGGACUACUUUUCCAGAAACAAGACGAACUUCUCUGGCUCCAACCCGCCAAAAACUUAGACAAAACAGUGGUUACGAAACAGAACACACUCAUCAACCAUCUCAGAUACCUCCAGUUUGGUCACCUUAGACCUUCCCAAAUCCUGGACUUAUGUCACUUUGUGUACGAGGGAUCUUUCACACGUUGUGGAUCUUCUAAGUUGGCUGGAUAUAUUUUGAAGAACCUUCCGGAAAAACUUAUAUUCAACGGAGUACCUCUCUGUCCAGCUGAUGGUUACGCCAUCAAAAAUAUUCUGGAACAUGGAAACAGCAAAGAACGGAGAUUUUCUUUAGACCUGCAAGACUGUGGGAUACAAGUCGCCGGGCUGAGAUCUUUAGUGGGACUAGACUCCAUAGGAACGUACAGGGCCUGCAUUGCGGAUGUCAUUUUCUUGUGGGAGGAUCUUGAAAAACAAAAUGAAGAUGAUCUCCUACGUGAUGCGGUGUCCAAAUUCAACAUUGACCCGUUUAAAGCAACACAAGUCAGUCAUAUUGAAUAUCUGUCCAAGCUGGUGGACAUCCAUACAAACAAGAGGCUUUCUGACUCCUCUAGCCAAAUGAAUUCCAUCUUUGCUGAAGGAGUACCAGCAGUCCAAGAUCUACACAAGUUGGAACUGGAGCUUGGUCCAGAGAAGGGUCCACUUGCUCUUCCAAUGCUGUGGAGGAUGUUGCCAGGUCUACAUAACUUGCAGCAUUUAGAUUUGGAGAACAACAAAAUCGGUGAUGACGGAGCUCAGCAUUUGGCAAAGGCUUUGGUUUCAUUGUCUUCCUUAGAAACUCUAAAUCUGUCACAGAACACUAUUGGAGAUACUGGAGCAAAAUCCCUCUCAGCCACUUUGAGGAAUCUCCCCAAACUUGACAGGCUAAGCCUACACAGCAAUGUCAUUUGUGAUCAAGGUGCGAAGUGUUUAGCUGAAGAACUUCCUCAAAUGUCUGCUCUCACCGAAUUAGACAUAAGGUACAACAAGCUAACAGACAUUGGAGCACAAAGUUUGGGGAGCAGUCUGAAGAACUGUCAACAUAUAAAAUCUCUGAGGAUGUGGAGCCACUGCAUUCCUUACGGGGUGUUUGAGAGACUCCUGCAGCAGGACCACCGCAUUAUGGAUACCUUCUAGUGUGGAGAAACUGAUGCACAUUUGCACUUUAAAAUGUAUUUAUUUUUUGUCUGGGUUACACUAUAUUAAGACUUUUUGCUGUAUUUUUUACCAAUUCUCAGUGAAGUAUAUACUCCUUUUUUUUUCUUUUUUUUUUCUUUUUACAUCUUUUAUCAACAAGUUUGUAUUAAAAGCAACUUCCUUUCAAA